UCUCGCAUAAUGUCGCUGAAGGCCCCACCAGCUGCCCAAUCAGCAGGCAGGGAUACGAUCAAGAAAGCCUUCAAAGACUUGGAACGCGCGAUUUGUCCAGCUGACUCUCGAGACUUUGCAUCGACAACAAUCGGAGAUGUCAGGAGGGCAGCUAUCGAGAUCGAGAGGCAGCUGGCAGCACGACAAUCCCUGCGUAAUAUGCGGAGACUGGAGCCACUUUUCCUAGGUUUGGAACACUACUCCAAGGUCAUCGAAGUGUUGUGUAAUGGGACCGAGUAUCUGGCGUGGAUCUGGGCUCCUAUUAAACUUAUUCUCAAAGUAAGUACUCCGUUUGAGCGGCUCAUCAAGGCGUACUCCCAGAUUGCCGACUCGCUUCGGAGAUUCCAACUCUUGGAACAAUCUUUUAAGGAUAAGCCGCAGCUCUAUCCUACCUUUGCCAUCUUUUACGCGGACAUUCUACAAUUUCAUAAAGCUGCCUACAAAUUUGUCACCCGUCGUUGCUGGAAAACCCUCUUCGCGACGUCAUGGGGCCGAUUUGAACGCACGUUUGAGAACAUUCUCGACGACCUCAAGAGGCACGCAGCGCUCAUCGACCAAGAGGUGAACGCCCACAACAUCCUCGAGGCUCGGGAAAUGAGGAAGGAAUUGGAGUCCUGGAAAACUGAAAGCUUAGAGAGACUCGCCCGGGAAGAGAGAGAACAAACAUCACGGCAGGUUCAAGGUUUAAUCACCUGGCUUAGGCUGGACGACUCAGACCAGAUUAUUCUUCAGGAUUCGCUCGCAAGUGUUAGCGUCAAUUCUCCAGGGACCAUCGACUGGGUGCUGAAGAAAUCAGAAGUGUCUGCAUGGCUCCGGCCAACCCCCGAAACUCCUUUCCUAUGGCUCCAGGGAGGCCCCGGGACUGGAAAGAGCGUUAUCAGUGCUGGACUGCUGAGGUUCCUUGACAGCCAGAACAACUCAUUGGUGGUCAGACACUUCUGCUCAUAUUCUCAGAGUUCCUCGACGCUCUACGACCAAAUCAUAAAGGCUUUACUUCUUCAGUCCGUUCGAGGCGAUGGCGACCUUGUGGCCCAUAUCUAUGAAGAAUAUGUCGGCAGCAGACAGGCUACCCUCCCUAUCCUUGAGAAACUUCUCGAAACUUCUGUUGAGGUACUUUCCGGGGGGAACAAGGAUCAAAAGCCUGUAUACGUUGUGCUGGACGGAUUGGACGAAUGCCCCCAUGACAAGCAGCGUCGCCUCGUCCGAAUGAUGGAUCGCCUGGUGUCCAACGGGAACACAUGCAAGGUCCUGAUAUCCAGCAGGGACACAGUGCCACUUCAUGAAAAGUUGAAGAAAAAGCCAUCCGUUUCUCUUUCGGAGGAGAAGGCUAGUCUGACAGUGGCUAUUGCAAAAUUUGCGGACAUGAGGCUUCGCAUCAUGCGCAACAAGUUGAUGGAGCUUGGCAUCUCAGAAGAAGGCCUUCGAGGUAUAGCAACCCAGAUCGGUGUCAAGUCUAAUGGUAACUAUGACAAAAUCUUGUCUCGCAUUCUGUCCGAUCUCGACUCCCGCUCCGCCCUCCGAAUGAGAACAAUGUUCGGCUGGAUCGCGUUUGCUAAACGACCACUUCGAAAAGCAGAGCUGCAAUCCGCCUUGCUAUUUCACUCUGACGACCCGGUCGGUCCACGGCCUAUCCCGUCGUAUAUCCUCGAAGCUUGCAAGCCACUUGUUGAAGAAAGGAGAAAUUCGACUCUUUCAUUCAUCCAUGGCUCGGUCAAAGAUUAUCUUCAAGGCGAGACCUGCAAAAGAUCCGUCAGAAUUUCGGAACAAACGAUUCUCUGGGAAAACGGUCUUGCCUCAUUACGAUGUCUCCGCGCCGCAUUCAACGUUUUUGGAAGGCAUUUCUGUGAGAAUAGUCGGAAUUUGCAACUUCUUCGAGGAGUAUGGGGCUUUAUUCCUUAUGCUAGUAGAUUCUGGUGCGUCGGGUUGCGAGAGAUGGUCUCGCUCCCAAUAGAAGAUUGGGAUCCUCGAUUUGGGGAAAUAGCCGCACAAAUAUCGGCUGCAUUGGCAACAUCGCGACCUGAUCAUGACGACCACGUUUCGGGACCGACCUUCGAGGAACUUGAGAAGAUUAGAUGUCUUUCGAGUCUGUGGUAUGAUGCUACUAUUGGCUUGAGAGCUCAUACCGAGCGGCGGCUGUUGCUUGGCGACUCAGAACUAGGCGGCAUGUUGAAGAAUCUCACCCACAUUCACAACAUUUCCGAAAACUAUGAGACAGCGAUCCAACGGCUGAUGAGUAUCCGGGAGCACUCCGACCUGACACCAUCGGAGCUUGAACAAUUCCGUGGCAAUUUCGGCGGUCACGCCUACCCAUGCCGCUUCCCUUCCUGUACCUACACCACAAAAGGCUUUGGAGAUGAUGACGAACGCGUCGCCCACGAGAUCGAACACACGCCGAGAUUCCCUUGU